AUGAAGCAGUCCUGGAAGACACUAAGGGGUGCUGAACGCUCGAAUUGGUUCGUUGUUCCUGAAGAAUCCCUCGAUUCCGAAUCAUUCUUCGAUAUAGUAAUUCCAAGACGUCGUCUCCAAGGACCGCCGUCGGUCCUACCUCCGGACCGAGGUGUGCGUCAUGAGAUUGACCUGGUUACAGAAACCGAAAAUUGUGUAACAUGCCAACGGACUCUGUCCAAAGAGCAGUAUGACGUUAUUGACGCCAUUCUCCGUGCGAGCACGACGCAGCGUGAGAGCAAGUCCCUCAUUCGACACCCACGUUUUGUGUUUGGAAGCCGAACGGAAAGUGGCGUAUCGCUCAAUGAUUGGUCCGUGCCAAACAGUUUAAAACAGCUGAGACAAUGGUUGGGCUUGGCCAACUAUUUGCCAAAAUACAUGCGCAACUUUGCAGCGUUGAUACAACCCCUAACGACUCUUUUAAACGUUGAGUGGGAAUGGUCAAAAGAUCACCACGACGAUUGUCCAGUACAUAUGACACUGAUGCAUCCGAAUCUAGGUCUGUCGCGUGCAGAACGGUUUUCUGCCUACAAAAAUAUGGCGGUAUUUGCCGAAGUGAAGAAGAGUUGGAGAAAACCUCCUCUUCUUGCGACUGCAAACCACGAUAAUACUUUUCUUGUGGUCUGCGAUGCAAGUGAUUAUGCCAUCGGCUAUGCGUUGAUGCAAAACGAUGAUGAGGGCCAAAAGCGAGCUGUUUCGUAUCAGUCGCGACGAUACCGGCCUGCGGAACGGACCUAUCCAGUUUAUGACAAAGAGCUUCUAGCAAUGAGGUAUGCUUAUCUUACGUUUCGUGUCUACUUGCUUGGAGAGGAGCGCUUUGCUAUCUACCCAGAUAAUGCCUCACUGCGUACGGCAGUCACGACUCCUCAUUUAUCGCAAAGAAUGCUUUGA